AUGUUCCAAAUGUUGAUCGGUCGCUCGAGGCCAGCGGUGUCCAGCCUCGGCCAACGCAUCCAGUCAGCGGAUCCUUCCCAGCGUCGCAAGCACAUUGUCCGGUCGGAUACCUAUCGUCGCGAUAGCUUCGAACCCGGCCAGAUCCCCUUGAGCUCGCUGCGCGUCCAGGCCGCAGCCUGGGGGGUUGCCGGGGCAGGCAUCUUCGCCACGCUGCACGGGGUGUAUCUGAUGCUGCGCUCCUUUCGCCAGAUCCGCUACCUCUAGGCGGGGAUAGUACUACUACAAUUGGGAAGAUGAUGUGGGGG